AACAGAACAGAGCGAGGACCAGCUCCUUCAGAGAACAGAACCAGCUCCUUCAGAGAACAGAACCAGCUCCUUCAGAGAACAGAACCAGCUCCUUCAGAGAACAGAACCAGCUCCUUCAGAGAACAGAACCAGCGUUGUGUUAUGAGCGCCGCCAGUCUCCUCCAGUCCUUCGGUUCCUCUGCGAUGCUGGGUCCGGUCGUCAUGCCGAUGGACGUGGCCAUGCGGUUCUACAUCGCCAACUCCCCCCCCCCACUGCGGGGUCUCCUGGCCUCCUCCUACGAGGAGCUCCAGAGGGGAUUCCGGGCGAGGGCCCCCCGAGGCCCCUGCCCCCUGCGGCCCUGCCUCGGCGCCCCCCCCCGGGGCCCGCAGGGCGGGAAGAAGCGGGUGGUGUUCGCCGACUCGCGGGGCCACGCCCUCACGGCCGUGCACGUGUUCUCGGACCGGGGGGGCGGCGCCGCCGAGGACCUGAUGUUCCAGAUGAGUGACCUGGAGACGGUCACCGUGGAGACGAAGGAGCCGGCGGGGCGGGGCCUGGAGCUGGACUUCCCGCCCCCGGCGGCCGACUACCUGGCUCUGCGGGCGCGGCUGCGGCGGGACGGCGUGUGUCUGGAGAGCGUCGCGCUGCAGCGCCGCGCGCUGAGCGGCGCCGUCAGGGUCCGCAACCUGGGCUUCAACAAGGCGGUGGUUCUGCGGCUCACGCUGGACGGCUGGGCCAGCCACCAGGACACGCCCUGCACCUUCAUCAACAGCCUGUACGGGGGGCCCGACAGCGACACCUUCGCCUUCGCCCUGGACCUGCCCGCCGCCGCCGGGGGCGGGGCCCGCGGCCAGGUCCAGUUCUGCGUGUGCUUCCGGGUCGAGGGUCAGGAGUUCUGGGACAACAACGACGGGAGGAACUACGGGCUGCGACCGGCGGGCCGCGAGGGGGAGCGGGGCUCCCCGGCUCCACCCCCGACCGCCGCCGACCCCAGGAGACCCCCCGACCCCCGGGGGCCGGGGGGGGGGCUGGCCCUGAUGGACCUGGACCUGGACCAGUUCGGCAGCCCGCGCACCUCCAGCGGGCUGUUCCCCCGCUGGCAGAGCUGGGGAACCGCGGAGGGCAGCACGCCAUACUGGUGAGGAGAACCCUCACGAGGAGAAGAGCCUCAGAACCGUAGAACCCUCACGAGGAGAAGAGCCUCAGAACCGUAGAACCUUCACGAGGAGAAGAGCCUCAGAACCGUAGAACCUUCACGAGGAGAAGAGCCUCAGAACCGUAGAACCUUCACCGAGGAACAGAAGCUCAGAACCUUAAUCCCUUCCCCCCUAGGGGGAGAAGGUUCUCUCUCAGCGAGCAGGAGCAGAGCUGAUGGAGGAGGUUCUAAGUCUCCGUGUGGCUGUUGUGGCUGUUGUUUGAUUUCUGUAUGUCCGCCCCCCCCCCCCCCAGGGUUCAAACUGAGGUAGAUGUGUUAGACAGGAAGUAGCUCUGUUGGUUAAGCGAGGCCCUGUUUACUUGAAGGUGGGGGUGUCCCCACUUUGUUAAUCCUUCAUCAACCUUUUAAUGAUCCUUCAUAUUGAAGGGGAUGUCAGACAUCGUUUCAGAUGAACAUGCACAAACAUUUGCACCUUAAAUACACACAUAUCUAUAUAUAUAUAUAUAUAAAUGUAUAUAUAUAUAUAUAUAUAUAUAUAUAUAUAUAUAUAUAUAUAUAUAUAUAUAUAUAUAUAAAUGUAUGUAAAUAUAUAUUACAUAAUGGACAAGAAUGGCUAGUUUGAAGACAGGUGGUCAGUGAGUUAGUUUGAUGACUGGUAGUUAGUGAGUUAGUUUUAUGACUGGUAGUCAGAGAGUUAGUUUGAUGACUGGUAGUCAGUGAGUUAGUUUUAUGACUGGUAGUAAGUGAAUUAGUUUGAUGACUGGUAGACAGGGAGUUGGUUACCCUUUUCAUGUCUUUCCUUAUUUUCAUUUGGUUAAAAAGGUGUACUUUUGCUGUAACUUUGCUGUAACAUUGCUGUAACUUUUCUGUACCUUUGCUAUAAAUUUGCUGCAACUUUACUGUUACAUUACUGUAACUUUGUGGUACCUUUGCUGUACCUUUGCUGUAACUUUGCUGUAACUUUGCAGUCAGGAACUGAAGAUGCUCAUUGAUUAUGUCAUGAAAGAGUGUGACUGGGAUUGGUGUUCUCACCAGAGAGCUUGAUUGGUUCAUUCUGAACACUGUGACAACACACUCUGAGGACAGCAGGCAUUGAACCCACAACUCUUCAGCUGGGGCUCCAACUCUAGGAAGGGUGCAGCGGAUGUGUGUGUGUGUGUGUGUGUGUGUGUGUGUGUGUGUGUGUGUGUGUGUGUGUGUGUGUGUGUGUGUGUGUGUAUGUGUGUGUAUGUGUAUGUGUAUGUGUAUGUGUGUGUGUGUGUGUGUGUGUGUGUGUGUGUGUGUGUGUGUGUGUGUAUGUGUGUGUGAUUAGAGAGAAGAAACAGCUGGACCUUCAUGUGAUGUGACUCUGUAGGAAUAAAUCUCUAUAUUUCUGAUAUA